CUCGACCCCGUCACCGUCGCCGCCGCCUCCGCCAGCCUUUCCAUUCACCAACCUUGACCUUUUUCACUCACCAUUUCUCAUCAUCUGUAAUAAACUAUCCUGACCUGACCAGGGAGGAAAAGAGAGCCUGAGAAAGUAAAGACAACCUAGCCCCCUGCGCGCAUUGCAACUGCUGUGCCUGGCUGGUUCUGUUCUGUUCCCCCCCAUUUCCCACCUCAAUUUCCUCUUCUUUCAGCUCCAUCUUAAAGGCAAUCAUUUCGCUUGCGCGCCCAGCAGCCCAAGGUCUUUUUUUUUCAGCCUCCGAUCCGCCCGCUUUCGCCUUACCUACUGUACGGAUACCACUGGCCUCUCUCCUCCGCCCGCCCUCCGUCCUUCCUCAUUCACACCGAGCGAGCUCCAUCCCCGACCGACGCAACCCCCCCGAUCAGGUUUCCUGACUUCUGCGGCCGUCUCGACAAUUGGGACAAUUCAUUCAUUCCUUCGUUCACUUCUGCGACCCUUUUGGCCGGUUUUACAGCUUCGCUUCAUAAUCGAUUUCUCGGUGCCGUUUGACUUCCAGCCUCCCCUGCCUCGGUCCAAACGCGCCGUAAUUUCCCACCGUCGCCCUUUUCCUCUUCGCCAGUAUACCCCGUCGACUGUUUCACACUCGCCGCUCCGAACUGCUUCGUUUCUUGUCACGAUUUAGGCCUCGAUAGGCCAUAUUUGAAAGAGUUAGGGGUUAUAGAGAAUAAGCUGGUUUUGUUUGUCCGUGGUCAACGACAAUAAUAGCAAACAUGUCAGACAAGCUACAAUCAAACCCGAACGACGAAAUUCAGCCGCAGGCGAACUCUGCCAAUGCUGAGAUGUCUAACCAGGGUCAAUUAUCUUCAGAAGGGGGAGCGAGCUCUAAGAAAGGUCGUGGUCUCCUUAAGGUCCCAUCAAGAUCAUCAUCACAGCGGAACCAAUCGUCACCAACAUCUACGGGGUUGAGUGGGGCUACAGUCAGCGAUCCCCGGAACAGCAUCGGCAGUCGAUCGAAAGACUCCAAAGGUAGCCUCCGUGCGCGACGACGGAACGGAAGCACUUCAAGCAACAGGACAGGCGGCGAGACUGAACCCACAAACACUGCUGCAAACACUCAGCCAAACUCUCCUGUCGCCCCCGCACAGAAGAAGAAGAGCCGUGGUGGCCUGUUGGCUUUUCUUGGAUGUUGUGGCACCCCCGAGGGCCCAGCUGGAAACGAAGAUAACAACGAAAACGUGCACAAGCUUGACGUCCUACCUCCGCGCCCAACUUCCGCAAGGUCACGAACCAACACUCCUCAGGAACAGCCCAGACCAGCCUCUCAGAGAGAACCUCAAACAACCGUAUCUGCACCAGAGCCAAAGGACGAGGCUACCUCGUCAGGCUCAGCCAACAACGAAACCACAGCGACAGAGCAAGCCAACAGGGAAUCGAAGCAAUCGAUUCCUCCUGCAGUUACAGUGGAGCCCCCCAAGCCCACACCCACAGAAGAGGAGCCAAAGGUAGCAGACAAGGCGGCUAAUGACGGUGAUGUGAACAUGCAAGAUGCUGCCACUGAAGAGCCAGAAGAGGCACCAUUGGCCCCUGCAGUCGAAGCCCCAGCCCAAAGGACGAUACCACCUCCUCCCCCACCCCCAGGUCCUGGUCCGGCUGUCGUGGCACCCAGCCAAUUCACAGACGCUGGCCCAUCAGCACCCGAGCCUCAGAAGUGGUUAUUGCCUCCCAUUGCCCCGGAGCACAAGGGUCGAAAAUGUCUUGUUCUCGAUCUUGACGAGACUCUUGUCCACAGUUCUUUCAAGAUCUUACAUCAGGCCGAUUUCACAAUCCCUGUCGAGAUUGAGGGCAACUACCACAAUGUCUACGUAAUCAAGCGACCCGGUGUCGACGAAUUCAUGAAGCGAGUUGGUGAGCUCUAUGAAGUUGUUGUAUUUACAGCAUCUGUUUCCAAGUAUGGAGACCCGUUAUUGGACCAGCUCGACAUUCACAAGGUCGUUCAUCAUAGACUAUUCCGUGAGAGUUGCUACAACCAUCAAGGAAACUAUGUCAAGGACCUGUCCCAAGUCGGACGUGACCUGAAGGAUACCAUCAUCAUUGACAACUCGCCCACCUCAUACAUCUUCCACCCACAGCACGCCGUCCCCAUCAGCAGUUGGUUCUCUGAUGCGCACGAUAACGAGCUACUAGACCUGAUACCCGUUCUCGAAGACUUGGCAGGGCCCAACGUGGCCGACGUCAGCCUUGUCCUUGACGUCACUCUCUGAAGCAUGAACCUUUCAUAAAACAACUUUUUUUUACUUUGUCAAAAACACUUUUCAACGAUUCGAACUACAACCCUUGAUCUGCAGAGUUGCCAUCAUAGCGGAAGGCGUUUGGUUGAGAGCUUUCGUUUCCUGGUGUAGAUGUACUAUUGUCUAAUCAUACAUAAUUGAGCGGGUGGCACGAAACGAAACGAAACGGACCUUACCAUUACGCUCCAACUUCCUUUUAUACAAAAGAUACCUGGCGGUCUUUGGUCGGCAUGCAUCAGCACAGAAGCCUCUUGAGGCAGGCUUUACCAUUACAUCUCACAGAUUCGAAGCACAAAAGAUGGAUCAGCAUCAGGAGAGGCAACGGGACACAUAUCAGGGGCUCUUCAUCUCCAGGGACGGAGAGGAAUGAUGAGUAGCAUGUCGUGUGCAGCAUACGCUGGGCUGGACUGGCUGGGCUGAAGCAACAGGCAGUCUCACAAAAAGAGCCAAGAACCUGUCUUACCAUAUCCUGGGGACGAUAGAGCUGGAGGAGGAACUGGACAAGUGGAGUGUAUGGGAUGAAGCGCCUUCGAAGCGCGGAAUGUUUUUUGUUAUCUUGAUUCCCUUUGUCUUACUGUUGUCUUUGCUACCGCUUCUUAUUCUUCAUCUUGUCGUUGUUGUUUAUUUUUUUUAUUUUUUAUUAUACACCACCCCCUGAUACAUUCAUAACGAGUCUGCGAGCGGACUCGGAAGCGAGCAAGAGAGCGUUUGUCGUUGAUAUCCAAUCGGCCUGACCAAAUGAUAGGAUCGACUGGUGUAGAGGCUACAGCCAUCUCUCCCAUACAUAGUCUCACUAAAUUGUAAAAUUUCUUAACAAAACAACCCAAAAAACAGAUGAUGGUGGCUUUUUUGAAUUGGAUAAAUCACAUGUUUUCCUUUUGAAGCUUGACUUGAAUUGGCAAACUAUCGC